AUGGCGGCCGGCGGCGGCGGCCCGGUGCGGCUGCGGCUGGUGUUCGACCACCCUCCGCCGGCCAGCCCGGGCUGCGCGCUGUGCUGGCUGCUGCUGGAGCCGGGCCAGGCGCGGCUCGUCACCGACCUGCUCAGCCUCAUCCGCCAUCGCUUCGGCUUCAGCCGCCGCGCCCGCCUCAGCCUCUUCCUCGAGGGGGCGCUGCUGCCGCCCGCCGAGAGCGCGCGCCUUGUGCGGGACAACGACUCGCUGCGAGUAAAAUUGGAAGAGAUAGUUGCAGAUGAUUAUGAAGAGGUAGAUGAUGGCUUUAUUUACACAACAAAAGAAGACAAAAAAAGGCACAGACACAAGGAGGAUGAGGAAGAAUUGUCUAGGAAUGAAGGCAAGCAUAAAAGGAAAAAGAAAAAGGAGAAGCAUAACCUUGAGUAUUCCUCCUGUAGGGAAGAGACCUCUGUAGAUACUUGGGACUCUCAGAAAAGGUAUACGAAAAGAAAAAGAAAGGAAGAAGUUAGGGGAAGAAAUAAACUCGCAGAAGGUAAGGAAGAGAGCUCUACUUCCCAUUCUAAAAAGAUGAAAAAAACAGAGAGGGAGAAGCAGUUGGCAACAAAAAAGAAGGAUGAAAAGCAGACAAAGGUUGCUGCAGCAAAGAUGGCUUUAGAAGGGGCAAAUGAGAGCUUUUCUCUAAAUUCUGGUAAAAAUAGCACCAAAAAGAUCACAACACAGUCCAGGAAAAAGAGGGUGGGAACUUCAGAUUCCUCCAGCACAUCGUCUGACAGUGACAGCAGUGAAUUAAAUGUGAAGGAAAAUAAAUCUUCCCAUAAACCUGUAGUGGUGACACUUCCCAAAGACAAAUCCCAAGCUGCUUCAGAAUCUGAUGUGAAAACUGAUAAAGUGACUGUUAAGUCUAACACUGAAAAGACUAAGACUGCAAUUAGUAAAAAUGCUAAAAAAUCCCUGUCUUCUAGUUCAGAUUCUGACUCGAGUACAGACAAUGAGAAGGUGACACCAGCACAAGACAGCGCUGCAAAGGAAAAAUCAGUGCCAAACCACGUGGUGGCUGUAAAAGCCAGCACCAAGGCUCCCAAAGCACAGAGCUCCUCUUCAGACUCUGAUAGUUCAGAUUCAGAAACACUGGUCAUUAAAAAAUCUGCAGCAGGUGCUGGACUGGGUAAUUCCAUAGUAAGGAACUGCACUAGACAGUUGCCAGCCAGUGUCCAAGGAUCCUUUGCCAGCCCGAGCCGUGGAAGGGGGCGUGGAACAGGAGAGGAUAACUUCUGGAGAGGCCCUAGGGGCCGUGGGUUUCGUGGGAUGAUGAGGGGCCAUGGGAGAGGAGCAAACCCUGGCUUCUUCUAUAACUACAGCAGUGAAGGCCAGAAACAGAGGCAGUUAAAUGAAGCUGCGACAAACACUUCUGUCCUUGUCCAGAAUCCUGUGGAGUUUCCCAAGAGAGACUAUAGUGUGUUACCUCUUCUAGCUGCUCCACCCCAAGUAGGAGAAAGAAUUGCCUUUAAGCGCCUGGAACUAAAUGAAAAUUACAGUCCUGAAAUUUCAGACUAUAAGGAGGCAAAAAUAAUCAGUUGGAAUGAUGAAAAAAAGCAGAUUGAACUGGAGAUCCUUUCAACAUCAGCAGGACAAUUUGCUAAGGAGCCAGGGAAGUUCGACCUGGUGUACCAGUCUGCAGAUGGAGUGGAGCUGAUCGAGUACGCCGUGCCUCAGGACACCAAGAUAACUGAAAGCUGGGAUGCACUGAUAGAGCCAAGACUGAUUGUGGAGCCUCCAGUUAAUGGAUCCAGCCUUGAAAAUGGAACAUCUAGGAUGUGAAAAGAUGUGAACAAUUGUACAGAUCUGUUCUGUGAAAUUCUGCCUUCUGGUUCUGAGGGUAGUAGGUGCACUGGUGGAUGUUACUGUCUUAAAAAGAAGUAGGCCAAAAGAAAAACAGUUUUUUCCCUUAGGCUAUGUUUUUAUGUAAUACAUUAAAACUUUGUUUAUUACAGGAAGUCUAAUAUUGUUCUGUUGGGUUUGAAUAUUUAUAUCCUACUGUAGCAAGCUGCAGAACUGGAAUGGUUUGAUUAAAAGAUAAAACACAA